UGCCUCCAGACAUUAACAGCAGGAAAAAAAAAUCUGUCCUCUCAGAGCACAAAGACAGAAAUACGUCACGUUAAACAGCUGACAGUCACCAAACAGCAUCACUGAAAAAGGAGUUACUCAUAAUAAUCGGCAGUGAUUUACUGCUGAAAGCAAAAGCUGUCGGAAUUACUGGUUUGAAUGUGUCAGCCUUCCUAAGAAGCACGACUGAGCUCUCCACCACAGACUAACCGACGAUCAGCGCCAGGAUGGAACUCGUUAAGGGCCGCUCCUUAAAGUGCACUUACUUCCAGUUCAGCCCUAUAGAAUUAUCGACUAUGCCUGAGCCUGACCAUAGAAGCGCAUUACGACGGUUCCUUCUGAUGAAAUACAUCCAGUUUCUGGUUCUUCCCUCUUCUCAUUUUCUAGUCUCUGUCCUUGGGAUGUUUGGAAGCCUUUACAUUGCUAUGGUAUUGAGAUCUCCAUCCAUCUCUCGCAAGUGCACCACUGUGUUCAUCUCCAAUCUGGUGAAAGCAGACCUUUUUGUAUUGCUGAAAGUUGCUCUCGGACUGCUUUCUGGUGUGUCGAACUUCAGAGAAACUCUGUGCUGCAACCUCAUGACUGCCAACCAGCACAGUGGCUGCUUACUUAUUAGUUGCCUCAGUUUAGAAGUUCUGCUCAUCUCUAUAUUUCCCAUAGAGUCCAGACAACUUAGGACAGUUCGGCGUGCACGGCAAGCCUCUGCCAUCAUAUGGGUAGUGGUACUAGGCGAGUUCAUGGUGCUUCAGGCUGCUGAGAGUUUCCAGCUAUUUAAACAUGAAUUAGGCGAGAGUUAUAACAUGCUGGUUUUGCUUUUCCAAAACUUGGUUUGGGCAGUUCCAUUUCUUCAGACCAUUUCCUUAUCCUUAGGGAUACUCUUAUGGAUUGGCAAUGUUUUUGUGUAUUGUGUGGUCUACUCUCGCGCACCAGUGAAGAAACAAUGGAAUUUUAAAAAACAGAAUUUAAGUUACUUUAACAAAUGAAGCCAGUGUAAAGUUAUUUUUAUUGCAUAUUUAUUGUAUUUAUUUUCAGUUGUAAAAUAUGAAUGUACAAUGUUGCACAUAUA